AUGGAAGGAGGUAAAGGUCUGGUCUGUGUAACUGGCGGAACAGGUUUCAUUGCUUCUUGGCUGAUUAUGAGGCUUCUUGAAUCCGGUUACACUGUUCGAGCUACCGUUAGACCCGAUCCUGAACGCAAGAAGGACAUCAGCUAUCUAACAAACCUACCAGGAGCAGCAGAGAAGCUUCAAAUCUUUUAUGCAGAUCUUGAGAAACCAGAUAGUUUCAAUGAGGCAAUUCAAGGCUGUUCGGGAGUCUUUCAUCUAGCUCAUCCCGUUGAAUUUUCUGACAAAGAACAAGAAGAAGCAGUUACCAAACGAUCCGUAGAAGCAACCAUAGGAAUUUUAAAAGCAUGCAUAGAUUCAAAGACAGUGAAGAGAGUUGUUUACACUUCGAGUACCACUGCUGUUUUGUUUAGCGGAAAUGGGCAAGAGAUGGUAGAUGAGAGUGCAUGGACCGAUGUAGAUUUAUUUAGAAGUGCAAACCUGAUGGCGACUUCUUAUGUGGCUGCCAAGACAAAGACAGAAAGGGCUGCUAUAGAAUUUGCUGAAGAGAACGGAAUGGAUCUAGUGACUGUGGUUCCUUCUCUCGUUGUUGGCUCCUUCAUUUGUUCAAGAGUCCCAAGCUCUGUCUACAUGGGAUUAGCUUUGAUUUUAGGCAACAAGGAUCAGUAUUCUUUUCUUAUCAAGUCGAGUAUGGUACACGUAGAUGAUGUGGCAAGGGCACACAUCUUCCUGUUUGAAUGUCCGAAUGCAAAAGGAAGGUACAUUUGUUCCUCGGAUGAAAUAUUACUAAAUGAGAUGUCUGAAUUUCUCUCUGCUAGAUACCCACAUCUUCAAAUUCCAACACCAGACUCCUUGAAGGACAUUAAAGGUUAUGAAAUUUGUAGCAUCUCAUCCAAGAAGCUCUUGGAUUGUGGAUUCACAUAUCAACACGGUCUUGGGGAUAUGUUUGAUGGAGCAAUUCAAUCUUGCAAAGAAAAAGGACUUAUUUGA